AGUAAUGGAAAACUCCGCACCAAAACACGUAACUCAAAAGACAAUUUUUCUUUUCCCUGUUUUCUGCAUUAACCGAUUGAUUUUUUCAAAUAAAAAUUCAAUAAAUCCGAUCCAUGCAACCGUCUCUUCUUCAUCAAAUUCAAAUCUUAGGUUUAAUUCAAAAAGAAAAAAUAAUUUUGAGAGAAUUUAAGAAAAUCUCUCCUUAUGAGCUCUCUAAAUCGUAAACAACAGCAGAAGCAGCAGCUCCAUUGCUCUUCUUCUUCGUCAUCGAGCAGUCUUUUUAGUCACUUUAUUGCUGGAAUUUUGUUAUAUAUUCUUUAUCACUCUUCUCAGUUAAUCUCUAAUUUUCCUAUUCCUAUACACCUCUAAACGCAUCGUUUUUCUUACUCUCUUUCUAAACAAACAAGCAUUCGCGAGCGAUCAGUGAUUUUUUGAAGAAUAAUUCGAAGAUUUGGCUGAUUCUGUGUUUUUUUUUUUCAAAAAUGGAGAAUCUGAUUGAUAACGUAGGCACUUUUCCUUCACAAGUUGAGAGGCAAAACAGUUCAAUUCCUACUGUCAUCGUGAUUGGUGGUGGUAUUUCAGGGCUUGCUGCUGCACGAAUGCUGCACGAUGCAUCUUUUAAGGUGAUCUUGCUGGAAUCACGGGAUAGACUCGGUGGCCGCAUUCAUACUGACUAUUCAUUUGGCUAUCCAGUGGAUUUAGGAGCAUCCUGGCUACAUGGUGUUUGCAAUGAGAAUCCUUUGGCUCCGCUGAUACGAGGUCUGGGGCUUAAAUUAUACCGUACUAGUGGUGACAACUCUGUAUUGUAUGACCAUGAUCUGGAGAGUUAUACCCUUUUUGACAAGGAAGGACGUCAAGUUCCACAACAGAUGGUCAUUGAAGUUGGAGAUACAUUCAAAAGAAUUCUCGAGGAGACUGAGAAAGUAAGAGAUGAACACACUGAUGACAUGUCUGUUCUUCAAGCAAUUUGGAUUGUGCUAGAUAAGCAUCCAGAAUUAAGGCAAGAAGGACUUGCAUAUGAAGUGCUGCAAUGGUACAUCCGUAGAAUGGAAGCGUGGUUUGCAGCAGAUGCUGAUAUGAUAUCACUGAAAUCUUGGGAUCAGGAGCAAGUUCUUUCCGGAGGUCAUGGUCUUAUGGUGCAAGGUUAUGACCCUAUAAUAAAGGCUCUUGCAAAAGAUAUUGAUAUACAGUUGAAUCACAGGGUUACAAAAAUAUCCAACGGGCCUAAUAAGGUGAUGGUCACAGUAGAGGAUGGGACAGGCUUUAUUGCUGAUGCAGCUAUCAUUACAGUACCCCUUGGGAUUCUCAAGGCCAACUUAAUUCAUUUUGAGCCAAAGCUGCCACAGUGGAAGGUUGAUGCAAUUUCGGAUCUUGGUUUUGGCUGUGAAAACAAGAUUGCAUUGCAAUUUGAUAAAGUAUUUUGGCCAGAUUUGGAACUCUUGGGCAUUGUUGCGCCCACAUCUUAUGCUUGUGGCUAUUUUCUCAAUCUUCACAAGGCAACGGGCCAUCCUGUUCUUGUCUACAUGGCUGCUGGAAGGUUUGCUUACGAUCUUGAGAAGCUAUCUGAUGAAUCUGCUGCAAAAUUUGUGAUGUUGCAGCUGAAGAAAAUGUUUCCUAACGCAACAGAGCCGGUUCAGUAUCUUGUAACACGAUGGGGAACAGACCCGAACUCACUUGGUUGUUACUCUUAUGAUCUGGUUGGAAAGCCUGAAGAUUCAUACGAGAGACUCCGCGCACCCUUGGGCAAUCUCUUCUUUGGAGGAGAAGCAGUUAGCAUGGAGGACCAUCAAGGAUCUGUGCAUGGAGCAUACUCAGCUGGAAUUAUGGCUGCCGAGAGCUGUCAAAGACACCUAUUAGAGAGACUUGGCUACUUCGAUAAUCUCCACCUAGUCCCUUCUAGAGGUGCAAUCCAUGAUGCUACAUUUCCUCUCCAAAUCUCAAGGAUGUGAAAUAAUUUAUCCACAGGUAAAUAGGCAUCAUUCUCUAUGUUGGUGUUGCUAAACUUGAGAAGCAUAUGUAAUAUGCUGAUAUUUCAUUCUAGUUCCAGAACUUGAACAAGAACUUCUCUACCUUUUAUUAUAUCAUCCUCAACAUUGAGUCUCCA